CCUAUGGUUGUUUCCCCUAGCUGCAAGCCUGCAGCUAGAGGCUGAAGUCCAGGGUGCCACAGCUGCGGGGGAGGGAAGCAAAUGACCACCCAGAGAACAGUAAGUGCAGAAGUAAGAGUUGAAAUCAACAGACGUUUGGGCCUUUGACCAGACCUGCUUUAUUUGCAGCUGACAAAGCCCAGCUAAUCACUGAUGUAGAAUUUUAGAAAAUCUGGAACUGGGCACUGUCAGAUACAAAAUACCAAACUACAUGGGCCGUUGGACUGUUCUUAGCUUGUUUGCAAAGGAAUGGUGCCAGUAGUUGUAUCACAGAUUCAUGGGAGACAUGUCUUUUGGCAGUGGCUGUAUACUUCUUCUGUUCUGUUCCCAAGUCCUCUUGGUAGAUGUUCCAAGAGAGGGGCAUUAUAUGGCUGCUGUGUACGAACAUCAUGUCAUCCUGAAUCCCAAUCCAACAGUCAUCACCGAUCGACAGUCUGCAUUACAACUGAUGAACAGAAACCUAGAUAUUUAUGAAGAGCAAGUGAUUGCUGCUGCUAAACAGAGGGCACAGAUAAUCAUUUUUCCUGAAGAUGGAAUUCAGGGAUUCAAUUUCACCAGGACAUCCAUUUAUCCUUACUUGGAUUUCAUUCCAUACCCUGACUCCGGAACAUGGAAUCCAUGCAAAGGCGCAUACUUGUUCAAUGACACCGAGGUUCUCCAUAGACUCAGCUGUAUGGCACUGAAGAAUCAAGUAUUUUUAGUGGUAAACCUAGGAACUAAGCAACCUUGUAAGCACAGUGAUCCCCACUGUCCACCAGAUGGAAGAUACCAGUUUAAUACUAAUGUAGUAUUUAGUGACAGUGGUACACUCAUAGCCAGAUACCGAAAACAAAAUCUGUAUUUUGAAUAUGCCUUCGAUACUCCACCAGAGAUAGAUUACACUACUUUUGAUACACCUUUUGCAGGUAAAUUUGGAAUUUUCACUUGCUUUGAUAUCCUAUUCUAUGAACCAGCUGUGAACCUUAUCAAGCAAUACAAUGUAAAACAGAUUGCAUAUCCUACGGCAUGGAUGAACCAGCUCCCACUUCUGUCAGCAGUAGAAUUUCAACGAGGUUUUGCAACUGCUUUUAACAUCAAUCUUUUGGCAGCGAAUAUCCAUCAACCUGUCCUUGGUAUGACAGGCAGCGGUAUAUACACUCCAUCAAACUCUUUCAUUUAUUAUGAUAUGGAAAGUGUUAAUGGUAAGCUUAUAGUGGCAGAAAUUCCUGUUAUUACAUCAGAGUGUGAAGCUCAGGUGCAGAACACUGACAACAUGCAGCAAAGUUUUUCAAGCUUCCAUACAGACAAUCAAGUUUGUUCUAAGGAGGAUCAAGAAGCCCACUGUGGCACAGCAGAGAAAGCAUCCUGGGAACCUCCACCCAUAUUUUAUGGAGAAAUGAUGUAUGACAAUUUCACUUUCAUGCCCAUAAUGGAAGCUAAAGGAAAUAUCCAAGUCUGUUCUAAUACACUUUGUUGUUACUUAAGUUAUCAGAGGUCAGUUUUAUCUAAUGAACUGUAUGUUUUAGGAGUUUUUGAUGACCUACACACAGUUCACGGAACAUACUAUAUACAAGCCUGUGUAUUAGUGAAGUGUGCCGGACUUAACUAUACUUCUUGUGGGCAAGAAGUCACAAAGGCAAGUGGACUGAUAGAUUUUCAGCUCCAAGGAAAUUUCAGUACUGCUGUUGUCUUCCCUCUGUUGCUAAGGUCUGGUGUCACUUUAGACUUUGCUGACCAUCUGGGAUGGAAAAACAAGUUCUAUGUCAUGCAGAAGAAGGGAGGAUCUAAUGGCUUAAUAACAGCUGCUUUAUAUGGUCGAUGGUAUGAGAAAGACUAAACCAUGUCUUGAACUGCCCAGUGAACUUCGGCUAUAGGGCGGUAUAAAAAUGGAAUAAAUAAAUAAAUCCAAAUGUAUCAGAAUGAUUGACUCAGGGAACUAAUUAAAGGGGACAAUCAAAUAUCAUGAGUAAUCAAAUGCAUGGAUUACUCAUGAGCUCUUUGGUUUGAACUGAAUAUACCUGAAGAAUUGAUUUAGGUUCGAUUAUUUCAUCAAUAUAUCAAUUGCGGGAGUCCACGAAUUUUGGUUCAUUUAGGCAAGGUGGGCUCUCUGACAUUGCACUAAACUUUGGAAGCACAUGCCUCCUAGUGCAAGAUCUCCAUCCCUGUCUGCUUCCUGAGCUUCAAGCUUAAGACAAACAAGGGGUAAAAAAUACAACUUGCCCGAGGAACAAGACAAGGUUGCCCGCUUUCACCGGUUUUAUUUGUAUUGGUCAUAGAACUAUUGGCGAACAUGAUAAGAGAGGACGAUGUUAUUGAGGGAUUAGGAUGGAAAGAGGAAAUAAAAUAAAUAUAUUUGCAGAUGAUACGGUAUUAACAAUUAAAAAUCCAUUAAAGAAAAUGGAUAGAUUAAAACAUCAUCUGAGGGAGUUUGAGGAAGUGAUGGGAUUAAAAAUAAAUUGGACAAAGUCAGAGAUGAUGUUGUUUAAUUAUAGUAAAAAAGAAGAGAGAGAUUGGGAGAUUCUCGAUCCUCCCAGAGUGCAGGACACGGAAUAACGAGCUCAAGUUAAAGGAAGCCAGAUUCCGGCUGGACAUCAGGAAAAACUUCCUAACUGUUAGAGCAGUGCGACGGUGGAAUCAGUUACCUAGGGAGGUUGUGGGCUCUCCCAACUGGAGGCAUUCAAGAGGCAGCUGGACAACCAUCUGUCAGGGAUGCUUUAGGGUGGAUUCCUGCACUGAGCAGGGGUUGGACUCGAUGGCCUUGUAGGCCCCUUCCAACUCUGUUAUUCUAUGAUUCUAUGAGUAAAGAGAAGAAUAUGAAAGUUAAAGAAAUAAUAAAAUAUCUGGGAAUUAAGCUUACUAGGAAGUUAGAACAUCUAGAAAAGGAAAAUUUAAAUAGUUUGAAAAAAGAAGUUAUGAGUAAACUAGAAAAAUAUAAAAGGAUAAACUUAUCUUGGUUUGGAAGAAUAGCCCUUAUAAAAAUGAGGAUUUUACCAAAAGUAAAUUUUUUAUUUAGAAUGAUGCCAAUAAGAAUAUCAGAAAAAGAAUUAAAAAGUUGGCAAAGUAUAGUAAAUAACUUUUGUAAUGGUGAUAAAGGCGAGAUUAAACAAAAAAAGUUGGUAUGUAAUGCAAAAAAAAAAGGAGGGCUAGGGCUCCCAAACUUAAAAUUAUAUCACGUAGCUAAUAGGUUGAGACAUGUAGUAGAAAGCAUGAUAGGAUUAGGAGAUUUAAGUUGGUUGGAGGAUAGAAAGGGAGAGGAUACAGAAUGGAAAUUAGAAAAUAUCUUUUUCAGAGAUUGUGCAAAGAAAUGGGGGGAAGAA